AUGCUUCCCGACUCGGUGAUUUCAGCAUUUGCGGCACAGCAUCCUCUCGGUGCUUUGGCGAAGAAUCAACGAUCUCAUGGCGAAGAGAUCAAUUCGGUGACUUCUCCACGAAGGGAGCCUUUCCCCGCUUGGAGCGCGAUCGAUGACGUGAAGAAGACGGCCGACUCCAUUGCUCAUGAAGCUGCCCGAGAGUACAAUGUCGCCAGCCUGAAGGCUCAGGAGAAAGCCGGCAAGAUUGAGAUGUGGACUCCGAAGUACUAUGCUGCCUGUAUCUCUGGCGGUCUAUUGGCCUGUGGUCUCACUCACACGGCAGUGACCCCUCUGGAUUUGAUUAAAUGCCGUCGUCAAGUCGACUCGAAGCUGUACACGAGCAACAUGCAGGCGUUUUCAAAAAUCCGUGCGGCCGAGGGAUUGCGCGGUGUGUUCACCGGCUGGAGUCCUACUUUCUUCGGUUACAGUGCUCAAGGGGCCUUCAAGUAUGGAGGGUACGAGUAUUUCAAAAAGUUCUACAGUGACCUUGUUGGCCCAGAACGCGCAGCUCAGUGGAAGACCUCAGUCUACUUGGCGGCCAGUGCCUCGGCUGAGCUGAUUGCCGACGUCGCCCUUUGUCCAUUUGAGUCGGUCAAGGUGCGCAUGCAGACCACCAUUCCUCCGGAAAUCCGAGGUACCUUUAGUGGUAUUUCCGCAGUGGUGGCCAAGGAAGGCGUAUCUGGUCUCUACAAGGGCCUUUAUCCAUUGUGGGGUCGUCAGAUCCCCUACACGAUGAUGAAGUUUGCUUCGUUCGAGACGAUCGUUGAGAUGAUCUACGCCAGUUUGCCCGGUCAAAAGUCCGACUACAAUAAGGGGGCCCAGACCGCUGUGGCCUUCAGUGGAGGUUACCUCGCUGGUAUUCUUUGUGCUGUGGUCUCUCACCCCGCCGAUGUGAUGGUCAGCAAAUUGAACGCGAAUCGCCAAGCUGGAGAAGCCUUUGGAGCUGCUAUGAGCCGUAUCUACGGAGAUAUUGGUUUCCGCGGGCUCUGGAAUGGAUUGCCGGUUCGAAUUGUCAUGAUUGGUACUUUGACUGGUCUCCAAUGGAUGAUCUACGACUCGUUCAAGAUCUUCAUGGGUCUACCCACCACUGGUGGUGGCUCCAGCGAACAGAAGAAGUAG